AUGCACAACAACCUGCGUAUGUUCCAUCUCGAUGGCAUCCCCCCCGCUCCUCGCGGCGUGCCCCAAAUCGAAGUCACUUUCGAUGUGGACGCCAACGGCAUCCUGAACGUGUCCGCCGUCGAAAAGGCCACGGGCAAGAGCAACAAGAUCACCAUCACCAACGAGAAGGGCAGACUUUCUCAGUCCGACAUCGACAAAAUGGUCCAGGAAGCCGAGAAGUUCAAGGCUGAGGAUGAGCUCCAGAAGAAGCGCAUCGACGCUAAGAACGGUCUCGAGAACUACUGCUACACCAUGCGCAACACCAUGCAGGACGAGAACAUCAA